AAGGAGGGAAACACGUCUUUUGACUCGAACUCAAAUCUCGUCUUUGCUGUUACUUUUCUUUAAUUAACUUGGCUUCGUCGAUGUCACAGUCAUGCAGCGUAAUAGACGGGUGUAGUCAACUCUUUUGCAGUCACUGGUUCCCUCACAUCUGGAGUUCAAAAUGGGUGUUGAUUUAUAUACCUGGUAUCAUCAAGUGAAGAAGAAAGACCUGGGAGAGACAAAAGAGAAUUGGCUGCAGCACCUUCAAGAACAAGCCUUAUCAAAGAAGAGAACUAAGAAGGAACAAAAAAGUUAUGAUGGGUCACCUGGAAUGCCUGCAGGCGAUUUUUUUGAGUCAGGUCUUCGGGAAGGAGCCUCAGGUAUAGCUUCAACAAAGAACAGCAAGUGCUCGACACCACGUACCCCGGAAAAGUUGAUAAAGUCACCCUUUUCUGCAUUGCUCGAUUCAAGUUUCAUCACUCCCACUCUUGUGCUGUCACAUUCAAAGGAUGAUGGAUCACCGGAAACCUCUUGUGUAUCUCCGCCUUUCAACCCGAAUGCAUUGGGACUUGAUUUAUUCUCUCCUGUUAUUAGCAAAGCCAAUACUUCUGUAAAAGUGGCUGCUAGUUUGGGUGCCAACCUUGAUGACUCUCUAUCAUCGUGGACAAGUGCAUUGGCCACACCUCUCACCACGGAUGCCAGGGCCCAGACUCCCACUACGCUUGAGCGCCUCACCUUACACCCAAAGCAAGGUCUCAGGCAAAAGGUAAUGGUACGCAGCCUUUUUAGCCCCCGGACUCCAGGCACCAGCACACGCACAGACGAGAGCCCCAAUCUAGGGAUUAUAAAGUGUUAUUCUCCCAUCCCUACGUUCAACAACAGGGCAGUUCUUAAGCAGCAGAAACAAAUGCCUGAUAACAGUUCCCUUCCCUUGCUUAGUGACACUCAGAGCUUCAGAGUUUGUGAUAAAGGGAACAGCAGUGAAGAGGGAAAGCAACUACAGCUUAACGUAAAUCAGUUAGAAGGAUCAGGGUUAUCUCUAAACAACAUUAAUCCUGAUAUAGACGGUGGGCCUGAACAAACAGCUAAAGGACCUGGGCAGAUUUUGCAUCAUGGCACAGACAUUUCACUUCCUUCCUCCCCUGAGGAAUCAUUAGGAUGUCAUAAGCUCGGGAGUAGUCUGAAACCAGAUGAUGGCACUCAGUUUUGUAAGAAUCCAUCCAUCAUUUCUGUAAGUCCUCCCAGUCUAGAGGUGAGGAAAGUGAGGGAGUCAGGGCAAAAUUUGCAAAGGAACCACAUUGGUACUUCAAAUUCAGCUGAGGGAAGCAUAAUACAGGACAGGUCUGAGGCAUGCAGUGAGGGAAGUCAGAGUAAAAGUCCCUUUGAUCUGAUCUGUUCCCCAGUAAAAGGGAAAAGGACUGGAGAGAAACUUGAGCAUGAUGGUAGGAAGUUAGAAAAUCAGACAGUGGAUCAAGAAUCCUUGGGUAAUAAAAGAUUUGAGGAGAAUUCAUAUGCAGAACAAAUGAGCUAUGAAUGUAGAGUUUAUGAAAAAGAAACUUUGUCAGUAACAUGUGAAACUGCCAUGCCAGAGGAAAAUGUUUGUGAUCAAUCUACUCCAGAAGUGAAAACUAGUCCAACAAAAGUAGAACCUCCCAAAACUCUCUCAGUGCCACUCUUCAAAAAGGAAAAUAGAGUAGUAAAAGAAAUAAAUAAGAAAGAUGAAAAACCAGUAGGUGAAGGUUACACUUCCACCCCAGAUUCAAAGGCUGUGCUGAAAAAGCUCUCUGUCCACAAGAAUAAGAGGCUCUCUGGCAGGUUUUUGUACCCAAGAAAGGCAGAAGCAGGAUAUGAGAAACUCAAUAUGAAGUAUCAAGAGUGUCUGGAUGAUGCCCAGACUACAGUAAUAGAUGCAGAUAUGGCUGACAUUACAACAGAGAAUGUAUCACAGGAAUCAAAGUCAGAAAAAACACCAAAGGACAUCCAUGACAUAGCAAAUAGACAGCAGAAUUUUGUAUCCCUUGCCACGCUCGAGAAAGAUGACCGUCUGGGACUAGAGAAAACCCUGAAUUCCAAUGAGACAAAGUACAGAGCUCAAUUGGAAAUGGGAAGGCAGGAAGAGCCUAUGAAACAAGCUUCAGAAAAAACGAAGAUAUUCGUGGGGAAGUUUUCUGGAGAGACUGACAGAAAUGCAAUUUCCCCUACAAGGGAGGAGGGAAGGGCAACACAUUCUAUGAAUGUGAACAUAAUGAGUAAGGAUGGAAGAUCUGAAGCCACUUGGACAGAACCAGAGGACCUUCAAACUGCCAUAGGAUUGCAGGUGGUACCACAGAAGGAUUUGAAGUCCAAACAGGAAGUGAUAGAGCAUGCAGGAGGUACAGUCACUGUUGAAGCACAGAGGUUUGAGUUGCCUUUGAGCCAGAGUCUAAAAUCAGAAGCAAGUGAAGUCAUGGAUGAUAGUUUUAACGAUAUUGAUUUUGCAGAAAUAGACUGGAAUUUUUGUGUUCCAAAUGCAAAUACAGAAACUAAUCAUAGGUCAGGAAAAGAUAUGGCUGAUAAUCAUGCCUUAAAAGGGGAUAAUGAAGAUGCUGGUAAAGGUACCAAAGGCUUUUGUGGAUUUUCAACUGGCCUAGGAAAAUCAGUGAAAGUCAGCGAUAAAGCACUUCAGCAUGCCAAGAAACUACUUGAAGAUACGAUAGAGGAUGAAUAUGUUAAAGACAAAGGAUCUAAUAAAGAAGACAUACAAAACAAUCCCAGCCAUGUUUCUAAGAAUACAGUAGAUAAAACAAGUCAAAGGGAAGUGCCAUCUCCAGUGUCUGAGUAUUUGUUUCAUCACGAGGCAGAUCAACUAGCUUGUUUAGAAAAGGUAUCAAAGGAAUCGACUUCAAGUGCCAAAUUAGUACAAGAUACCAAUAUUGGCUUUAAAACUGCAAGAGGUACAAGUAUUGUGGUUAAUCCUGAGGUUCUUAAUAAGGUGAAAAGGCUUUGGGCAGAAGAAAUGAAACUGGAAGACCAAGAGGGUAAGACCAUAAAUGUUUUAGAUAAUACUGAAUUUGGUUUUAAGGAUAAUAAGACUAUUUGUGAUUCAACUGUUCAGUUGCAAAAAAAUCUGCAGAUAGCAAAUACAAGUUCAGGGUUUGCUACAGCUGCUGGAAAAGCAGUUACAGUUAGUGAGAAGGCCUUGAAAAAAGCAUUUGGACUUUUGGAGGAAAGUAGUGAAGAAGCUAAACUGCACUACUUUGGCAUAAAUGAUAGUUUUGAUAGAACCAGACAAGUAUUGAGAGAAGAAAAAGAUGGAAAAACAAUCCAGAUAAAGAAUGAAGUCAGAGAUAUAACGAAUAGUGAAAAUUAUAAAGAAUCCAAGACAAGUAGUUCUUCUUCUGUCCUGAAAACACACAAACAUUUGGAUAAAAAUGAAGAACUAACAGAAGAGUUUGCAGAUGUUGAUGGUAAUUGUAAUGAUGACAAACUAUCCUUUGCACAAACCAAAGGUUCUGCCAAAUCCAAGUAUUGUGAGCAUCCACAACAGUUUGCAGGUUUUUCCACAGCACGGGGCACAAAGGUCAGAAUCAGCGAUACAGCCCUUCUGAGGGCAAGGAAGCUGUGGGAGGAAGAUGAAGCUAUCUCAGAACUAGGUGAUUUGCCAGAUCCAAAGUUUGCGAACACCUUACAAAGUAUGGAAUUGACUGAAGUUUCUAAAAAGACCAAGGAGAGGGAAAAAUCAUCUCAUUCAAAUAAGGGAGCCAUUGCUCCAUCACCUCAUAACUUUCUGGGCUUUUGCACAGGUCAGGGUAAGCCUGUUGAAAUCAGCAAAGAGUCAUUAACAAGGAGUAGGAAUAUCUUUGAAGAUAUUGAUAUUUCUAAGGAUGAGAAGACAAAUGGUGCAAAAGUCAGACUUCUGCAGCCAGAAUACAAGUCCAAAGAUUUUUCAGAUGGCAGAGAAGAGGAUCUGGAAGUUAUUGGAGGCCAUGUAGUGGGGAACACAAGUAGUGUCCUGAAUAUGGAGGAGAAAUCAGCUGGUGAGGGAACAGCCCAUAAUUUUAAUCAUUGUGAGCAUCCACAACAGUUUGCAGGUUUUUCCACUGCACGGGGCACAAAGGUCAGAAUCAGCGAUGCAGCCCUUCUGAGGGCAAGGAAGCUGUGGGAGGAAGAUGAAGCUAUCUCAGAACUAGGUGAUUUGCCAGAUCCAAAGUUUGCGAACACCUUACAAAGUAUGGAAUUGACUGAAGUUUCUAAAAGUCAGACCAAGGAGAGGGAAAAAUCAUCUCAUUCAAAUAAGGGAGCCAUUGCUCCAUCACCUCAUAACUUUCUGGGCUUUUGCACAGGUCAGGGUAAGCCUGUUGAGAUCAGCAAAGAGUCAUUAACAAGGAGUAGGAAUAUCUUUGAAGAUAUUGAUAUUUCUAAGGAUGAGAAGACAAAUGGUGCAAGAGUCAGACUUCUGCAGCCAGAAUACAAGUCCAAAGAUUUUUCAGAUGGCAGAGAAGAGGAUUUGGAAGUUAUUGGAGUCCAUGUAGUGGGGAACACAAGUAGUGUCCUGAAUAUGGAGGAGAAAUCAGCUGGUGAGGGAACAUCCCAUAAUUUUAAUCAAAACUUUGAUUCUCACCGUGGUUUUGUUACUGGCAGAGGGAAAUGUCUAAAAGUUAAAGAAGAAACUUUGGAAAGAGUAAGCAAAAUGUUUAUGGAUGAAAAUAGUAUUACAGAAUAUGAGAAGAAUAUGGAACAUAAUAAAAAUAACCUUAGAAGCUUGGUACAAUUAAAAAUGGAAGGAGAAAAUACAUCAAAUAAGGGAAAGCUUAAAGAACAUGAAGAGGAACACAUAGAAGAAACAUUAGAUUUUCUAGAUAAAAAGCAACAUUGUGCAGAUAAUGAUGAAAAAGAGCGUACACCAUCCCCAAUAUUGGGCUCGCAAAAGAGCACAUCAAGAUUGGCAGUGCUGGAUAGAGGAGUGCCUAUUUGUAAUGGGAAAAGAAAAUUUUCUAAAUUGAGGCUAUCUGAACUGGACCCAGAUAGACAGAUUGCAAGACCUUCAAACAAGAGGCUGUCACUUAGAAAUUCAAGAACCACAAAUGGAAUCCCAAAGAAGAGCAACUCUAAGCUAGGAAAGAGAGGUCACUCACAGUCAGACCAAAUCUUCCCCGAAAUGCACCAAAGUCCAGCUGCAGAAUCUGAAUCACAGCCCACCUUCCUGGCACCUAGUCCCCAUCCACUUCCACCAGAUAGUCAGACAAAAGCACAAGACAGCUUGCAGACACAGAAGAAGAUCACAGCUUUACCAGACACCCAGGAGAUAUGUGCUAUCACAGAAGCUUUCUUGGAAGAUGAUUUGAGGGAAGGGAAAGACUCAUUGGAGAGUUUUAAUAGGAAGAGGUCGAGAGAAGGUUUGGGAAGUGAUGAGCCUUCUGGCAAGAAAUUCAAAGAUGGAGUACCUCAAAUGUCUUGCAAUCAAAUGGAGGACACAGAAGCAUAUGCUGCUGAUGAGGUAGUUGAGUCUGGAAGGGAGAUGGCAAGGCUAAAGCAGGGGAAAGUGGCUCGGUACAAAGAGAAGCGCCAUGUAACACCCAUCCAGGGUGUCCUCCACAGAUUUCGGAGUGACAAGAAGCAUUCUAGGAUCAAAAUGCAAUCCUUGGGCUCUUUGAAG